AUGCCUCCCAUGGGCAUGGCUUCCACUUCCCUUCUCGUCCCCACCUCCUUCACCCCGGCCGCCGUCGCCGCCACGGCUCGCCGCAGCUUCUUCAGCCACCGCCCCCCUUCCAGCCUCCCCGCGGUCCGCCUCCGCCUCCCCCGUACGUCCUCGCUCGUCGUCUCCGCCUCGGCUUCCCCGCCGCGGUCGCUCGACGCCCUCAUCUUCGACUGCGACGGCGUCAUACUGGAGUCGGAGCACCUCCACCGGCAGGCCUACAACGACGCCUUCGCGCACUUCGGGGUCCGCUGCCCGCCCGCGGCCGACGCGCCGCUGUACUGGGACGAGGCCUUCUAUGACGACCUCCAGAACCGCAUCGGCGGCGGGAAGCCCAAGAUGCGAUGGUACUUUGGAGAAAAUGGGUGGCCUUCUUCAAAGAUAUUGGAGACAGCACCUUCAAGCGACGAAGACAGGGAGAAGUUAGUUGACGUUAUUCAGGACUGGAAAACAGAGAGGUACAAAGCAAUAAUCAAAUCUGGAACUGUGGAGCCUAGACCUGGUGUUUUGCGGCUGAUGGAUGAAGUUAAGGGUGCGGGCAUCAAGCUUGCUGUUUGCUCUGCGGCAACUAAAAGUUCAGUGGUGUUGUGUCUUGAAAAUCUUCUUGGACUUGAAAGAUUCAAUGGUCUGGACUGCUUCCUCGCCGGCGAUGAUGUUAAAGUGAAAAAACCCGAUCCAUCGAUAUAUAUUACAGCAGCAAAGAAAUUAGGAUUAGAAAGCAAGAACUGCCUUGUGGUAGAAGACAGUGUCAUUGGACUACAAGCAGCAAAAGGAGCAGGGAUGUCAUGUAUAAUAACAUACACACCUUCAACUUCUAACCAAGAUUUCAAGGAUGCAAUUGCAACCUAUCCUGAUCUCAGUAAUGUGAGGCUUGAGGACCUGAAGCUACUGCUCCAAGAAUCUCUCGUCACUGGAUAG